UAUGUAAUGCGUGCGCUUGACAUUGACUAACUCGUGCUGAAAAUCACUCAGUGCAACACAAAAGAUUGAUGCAUAAGACCUUCAUCAAAAAUAAUCUGCACGCAAAGUCAGCUGUUGACUAUCACAGAAUGCCGAACAUAAAGGUAUUUAGUGGCAUGUCCCACCCUGAUUUGGCGCAGAAAAUCUGCGAUCGACUCGGAAUUGAGCCUGGGAAAGUCGUCACCAAGAAAUUCAGCAAUGGAGAAUGCUGUGUUGAAAUCGGGGAGUCGGUUAGAGGAGAGGAUGUUUACAUCGUUCAAAGUGGGUGUGAUGAGGUCAAUGACAUGCUGAUGGAGCUUUUAAUCAUGAUCAAUGCUUGUAAGAUUGCUUCAGCCUGCAGAGUUACCGCUGUUAUUCCUUGCUUUCCUUAUGCACGCCAGGACAAGAAAGACAAGAGUAGAGCACCCAUAUCAGCCAAGCUGGUGGCCAACAUGCUGUCUGUGGCCGGGGCAGAUCAUAUCAUCACCAUGGAUCUGCAUGCCUCUCAAAUCCAGGGGUUCUUUGACAUUCCUGUGGACAAUUUGUAUGCUGAGCCCGCCGUCCUAAAAUGGAUCAAGGACACUAUCCCAGACUGGAGGAAUAGCUGCAUUGUCUCCCCUGAUGCUGGAGGAGCCAAAAGAGUGACUUCCAUUGCGGACAGACUGAACGUUGACUUUGCUCUGAUUCACAAGGAGAGGAAGAAGGCUAAUGAGGUGGCUACCAUGGUCCUGGUGGGGGAUGUCAAGGACAGGAUUGCUAUACUGGUGGAUGAUAUGGCAGAUACUUGUGGAACUUUCUGUCAUGCUGCAGAAAAACUUACUGAAGCAGGGGCCUCCAAAGUUUAUGCAAUUUGUACCCACGGAAUCUUCUCAGGACCAGCCAUUUCUCGCAUCAACAACUCUGUUUUUGAGGCGGUGGUUGUUACCAACACCAUUCCUCAGGAGGAAAGGAUGAAGUGUGCUCCCAAAAUAAAGUGCAUUGACAUCUCCAUCAUCUUAGCGGAGUCGGUGAGGAGAACACAUAAUGGAGAGUCUGUGUCCUAUCUGUUCAGUCAUGUGCCAUUGUAAAUCACCUGUUGCCCCUCAGUCUAACAAGGCAUGCAUCGACAUUUCAACCAUGCUGGCUGAAUCCAUUCGACGAACUCACAAUGGUGAAUCUGUUUCAUAUUUGUUUACUCAUGUACCCAUGUGAUCUCAAUUUGGACCUUAAUGUAUAUUACCUACCACACAUGUUAUAUAUUUCCAUUUGCCGAUUUCUUUCACCGAGAUGUUUUGUCCUAGUAGAAUGUGUACUUUUAAAAUGCUUUAAAUAGUUUUCAUUUAUGAUCAUACGUACAGUAUAUGGUCACAAAAAGACUAAAUGAAAUAAAAACCAAAUACAAAUCGAACCAUACAGUUAUGACUCAUUGUCAUUUAUAGUGCCAUAAAAAUUGAAGAUAUGAUGUUGAUGGAAGAAAUGAAUUCUGAAUUAUUUUAUAGAAAGUCUAUAAUGUUCUUUUUAUAAAAACUCAGUGCUUGACUUCUUUGGUGAAUACAUCUCGUAGACUGGUACAAAUUGAAUUGUCUAUUUUCAUGAUCUAUAAAUGUAUUUUUUGACCUUCCAUUUCAAUAGAGACACAGAUUUGAUCAUAAUCUUAGUAGUUUAUAUUUUGUAAUAAUUAUGGGAAUGUACCAAGAUGAUCUAAUGAAAGUAUAAGAAGAUAAGAACCAUUCAGCUCAUUCAGUUAUUUGAAUCGAUCUACAUCUGUAUUUUGUUUCCAUAAUGUAUUUAAUACAAUGUAGUAGUGAAUGUACAGAAGUUUUUGUUUAUAAAUCGGUCAUAAUUUUAUAAACCAGGGUAUUUUAAUAACUGGUGUGAUAUAAUUUGAAUAAUAGAGUUAUUUAAUGCUAUCACAUUUGAUUUCUUUCCUUUUUCCAGUAAGCAUAUUUUUCAAAAUGAUGUUUUUCACUUGUGAUGAAUGGUUGUGUCUUGAUUAAAUUAGAUUAUUCAGACAUUGAUGUGUGGCAAAUGAAAAUAAUCUUAGAUAAGCAAUAAUGAUGUUAAGUGAUCAUCUGAUUCAAAACAUUUAGUGCUCAUUUUUUCCAGAUAUUUACAUUUUGUUGUACAUGUAUUCCACUUCAAAGGGUUAUUGCAUUGACUUGUUUACAUUUUUUUUCACCCUUGUGAACUUUUUUCUCUCCAUUUACAGUGUAAUAUUUUUCAUAAAGUAGAAUCUCGAGGGUAUCAUAUCAUCUAAGAUUUAUAAUGCAUGUAUAAUAUAUCAGGAUCAUACAAACACACAAUUUAACGUCUCCUUUCAGUGGGUAUUUGAAUUUCAUUUUUCAUUAAUAUUGGUUUUUGAAAUGUCAAAUUAUAAAAUAAAAUCUUGGAUUUAAUUUUCAAAAAA